AUACUGUUUCCAAACCAUACAAUCGAAUUCAGAUUCCAAAAAACUUUAUCAAAAGUCGUACUUUAGUGGAGUUUGAACCGAAUACAGAAAGUUGUUUCAUGAAAGUUUCAAAUGAAACAUGUUUAAGUGCAUCGAAACUUGAUAUGGAAUGUCAUUGGUGUUUAACAGCUAAUCUGUGUAGUAAUGGUCGUGAUACACUUUCGAAGGCUUGGAUGAUUAAUAAUUGUCCAAAGAUUGAUAACAAAAGUGAUCAGAAGGAUAAGAAAAGUGAACAUAUGGAUAACAAAAGUGGUCAGAAGGAUAAGAAAACUGAACAAAUGGAUAACAAAAGUGAUCAGAAGGAUAACAAGCCAAUGUUUAAUUACCUAUAUGUUUUGAUACCAUCAGUCAUUGGUCUCGUCGUUGUAGGCGUUGGCUUCAUCGUGUGGUUCUGGUUAUCUAAAAGACAAUAG